AUGUUCUACGAAAUAUAAACUUAUUAAUAAUGCAAGAUUGAUGAGCAAAAGAAUUUAAGUGAAGUCUAUUGCUUCUGGGAUGAGGAGUAAACUACUUGCUUAGAAAGGAUAUGUGAGAAUGGACCUGCACUUGCCUAAUCUCAUUUAGUGCGUAUAGUGUUCCUUUUUACUAAUUAAAAAGCAGUUUGUCUUAUCAAAGGGUUCUUUGAUUACAAAUAUGCUAUAGAGUAUAUAUGUGCUUCUAUGUUUGAAGACAAGAGAUGCGUCACUGAUGGAUAUUAAUGUAUUUCGAGAAAUCUUGCCAAGAUGUUAAUAUUAUUGAUAGCUGUACCUUUGAUAUCUAUCAAAAUCCUUGAGCUUGGAUUGAUGACGAAUUUUUUUUUUUUUUCAUACCAAAACUUGCUAAACUGCAUCUGUUACUCUCACCAAAUAUAUAGAAUACAAUUCAUACUUGCCAUAUUGUACAGUUAAAUAUUCUGGUAGUGA